AUGCCCAAAUCUGCGCGUAAAGGAAGCACCAAUGGCAUAUCCAAAUCCGACCCCUACGCUGGCGCCACCGCGCGCAAAGCGAAGUCCACCGCCACGGCCAACAGCAUCUUCAAAUUCAACACAGACCUCGGUCAACACAUUCUCAAGAACCCCGGUGUAGCGCAAGCCAUCGUCGACAAAGCCGAUGUCAAACAGUCCGACAUCGUCUUGGAGAUUGGUCCCGGAACAGGCAAUCUCACGACUCGCAUCCUGGAAAAGGCGAAACGGGUGAUUGCCGUCGAGAUGGAUCCAAGAAUGGCGGCGGAGUUGACAAAAAGAUUUCAGGGCACACCUGCAGCGAAAAAGUUGGAAAUCGUGUUAGGAGAUGUCAUCAAGAUGGAGAAAUUACCAUAUUUUGAUAUCUGUAUCUCGAAUACGCCAUACCAGAUUUCGAGUCCGUUGACUUUUAAAUUAUUGGCGACGAGUCCGAGUCCGCGGAGUUGCGUACUCAUGUUUCAGAGAGAAUUUGCGAUGAGAUUGUUUGCGAAGCCCGGUGAUAAGCUGUACAGCAGGUUGAGUGUGAAUUGUCAGAUGUGGGCAAAGGUGGAUCAUGUUAUGAAGGUGGGGAGGAAUAACUUCAAUCCUCCUCCGCAGGUGGAAUCGAAUGUGGUGAGGAUUUCACCGAAGAAUCCUCGUCCGCAGAUCAGCUAUGAGGAGUGGGAUGGGUUGUUGAGGGUGUGUUUUGUGAGGAAGAACAAGGUGUUGAGGAGUGAAUUCUUGGGAACGACGAGUGUAAUGGAUAUGCUAACUUCGAAUUAUCGAACGUAUUGCUCGCAGAAUGGGAUCGAGCUGGAUGAUGGGCCUGUAGAGGGUGGUGGGGAUGACAUGGAUGUAGAUGGGGAAGUGGAAGAGGAGGAAGAGAUGGACAUUGCUAUGGAUAUGGAUGACGAAGAUGACGUGCCAGACUUUUUCAAGGAAGAGAUGGACAAGCGAGCGAAGAAGACUGCGGACAACCCGAAUCGAAAGAAGAAGGGCAAAGUUGCUGAACUUGUGCGCAGCAAAGUGAAGAAGGUCCUGGAGGAGAAUGAUCUCGCGGACAAGCGUUCGCGAAUGUGUGACGAGGGCGACUUCCUGAAACUGCUGUAUGGCUUCAACAAGGAGAACAUCCACUUUGCGUGA